AUGUCCCCGUUGCACCCAUCCAAGGACGUCCUCCAGGGAACGGUCUACAGUCCCCUCUCAGCAAAGCCCCGUACUCCUUAUGAGGCUCGCCUUGAGCUCUUUCCCGCUUACUCCUCCGUCAUACAAGAUGCUAAGGGCAAAGCCAAGGAGCUGAGCGCCGAGGCGACGGCUGAAUUUGAAAAGGCGAGCGCAAAAGCUCAAGCCAAGGCUGGAAAGAUCGAGCUAUACUCUGGAAAGUACUAUGCCGCCUGCACCUUUGGUGGCCUGAUGGCCUGUAAUCAGGGUCUCACUCACGCUGCCGUAACUCCCUUGGAUCUCGUAAAAACCCGUCGACAAGUUGACUCGAAACUCUAUACCAGUAACUUUCAGGCAUGGGGCAAGAUCUACCGCGCUGAAGGCGUUCGUGGUAUCUUCACGGGUUGGAGUCCAACCCUUUUUGGCUACUCUGCCCAAGGCGCUUUCAAGUAUGGUUGGUACGAAUAUUUCAAGAAAACGUACUCUGAUAUGGCUGGUCCCGAGGCCGCGCAUAAGUACAAGACUGGUCUUUAUCUUGCAGCCUCUGCCUCCGCUGAGUUUCUCGCUGAUCUUGCCCUCUGCCCCUUCGAAGCCGUCAAGGUCCGUAUGCAAGGCUCGAUCCCUAACCCCUACACGGGAACAGUCCAAGGCAUCAGCACUAUCACAGGCAAGGAAGGCGUCGCUGGCCUAUACAAAGGCUUGUAUCCGCUAUGGGGUCGCCAAAUCCCCUAUACAAUGAUGAAGUUUGCCUCGUUUGAAACCAUCGUUGAGAUGAUCUACGAUCGCCUGCCCGGGCAAAAGAGUGACUAUAGCAAGGCUGCACAGACUGGUGUCUCUUUUACUGGUGGCUAUCUGGCCGGUAUCUUGUGCGCCAUCGUCUCCCACCCUGCCGAUGUUAUGGUCAGCAAGUUAAAUUCCAACCGUCAACCUGGCGAGGCUUUCGGCGGAGCCAUGAGCAGGAUAUACAAAGACAUUGGUUUCGGAGGCCUGUGGAAUGGUCUCCCCGUGCGAAUUGUCAUGAUCGGUACUCUUACCGGACUUCAGUGGAUGAUCUAUGACUACUUCAAGAUCUUUAUGGGUCUCCCUACCACUGGCGGUGCUCCACCUCCAGCCCAGAAGCAGGAGUAG